AAUGUGGCUCGCGACCGGCACGCGAUCUUUGAGAGUACACGUCUGUUUAUUGGUUUACUCUAUGGUAGUUGGGCGGAGUUUUACGCACGCGGAUACUUAAUUGACGCAAUCGAUUGACUGCUUUUUAUUGAAAUUUAAUUGGAUGGUAAUACCAGUUUAAUUCGAGAACUCUUAAAUUGUUCAAACAUCAUCAGACACUUGAUACAAUGUUUAACUUGGUCUAGGAAUUCUUACUUUGAUUAAUUAUAUUCGAUGCCGUUAUUUUAUUGAUAAAGUAUUUCUGUGAUUUCUUUCACAUUUAGGAAAUUAACACAGCUAGCAUUUUUAGUUACCAAAGACAAAAUAAAAUUUGGGAGAAAUGGACAUAGAUAUGUGUGAAAGGGAAGCGGACGACUUUUUGACUGUAACACAUUUUAAUUGUCCGAAAAUGGAGAAUUUUAUGUACUCAUUGGAAGAUGACAUAUUUGACAUUGACUAUUAUGGAGACUCUGUAGAUUAUAGUGACGAGUUAGCGUCAACUGGAUCUAAUGAAAGUGACAUUGAAAAUAUACCAUUAAAUCAGUGUAGUUAUAUGAAAAAAUCCGGGAAAGGUCAUUUCCGAAAAGUGCAACAACGAAAAGCCGCGAACAUGCGCGAGCGGAGGAGAAUGAAAUCGAUUAAUGACGCUUUUGAUUGUCUCAGGAAGUGUUUACCGGUUCAGGACACUGUUGAACGAAAGCUUUCCAAGGUGGACACACUUAAACUGGCCAUGACGUACAUAGCUAAUUUAGCUGAAGUUAUCAAGUCCUCCAACCAUGCGAUUCCUGCCCAUCAAAGACCAAACACAGACAAACAGCAGGACAAAAUCAUCUUGAAGUGUCAAUAUAUUGAAAACGAGUUCGACCCAUUUGAGCACACGUUGCUGGGACACUCGCUCACGUGGUCUGAAGAGAAGCACGAUCAUUACGUGCCGCGUGAUAACAAGCUGAGAACCAAACUCUGGGUCCCUCAUUUCGCCAACGAGGACGACAUGUUGAAUAUUGCAACUUAUUCCACUGAUUUUCCAAAGCAUUUAACAUGAGCGUGAUCGUGUGUUUGAACAUUCAUUGGUUGUUGGUGUACUUUAAAUUUAAUUUUGUGUUUUGAAAGCAGGAUGUGAUCAUGUAUAUAGUUUGUCGUUUUGUUUUAGUUUUAUCAGUUUCUACUGACAUUCGACAUUACACGUUUCUAAACUGUUUGAAAGUAAAGGAGAGAGAAGGGUCUGUAACCAUUUAUGUGUUUUGAAAAAUGAACUAUAAUAACCUUUCCUGGAUCCCUUCAACGGCAUAAUUAUGAGGUCAUCUGUUGCAGCGUCCAUACUAACUAACAAGACUCUGGCUCAGACAUCAGAUUUCCGAAUUAUUCAAUAUCUGAAAUGUAACUAAUUUUGACAAAUGGUGCAUGCCUGAUUCUAUUACAGGCAGUUUGUUACAUAAACAGCAAUUUUUGUCAUCUUUCCUCCAAAAUAUAGGAAACUCGCACAUAUUCAGCAAGCAAGUCGCACAUAUUCAGCAAGCAAGUCGCACAUAUUCAGCAAGCAAGUCGCACAUAUUCAGGAAGCAACUCGCACAUAUUCAGCAAGCAACUCACACAUAUUCAGCAAGCAACUCACACAUAUUCAGCAAGCAAGUCACUCGCGCUUAUUCAGCAAGUCGGAUACAUUCAGGAAGCAACUCGCAUAUAUUGUCAAAUACACCAUUAAAUAUGUAUAUUAAUGUUAGAAAAACGGACGAACGUCGGCCAUCGAUAACGGCGCCCUUGUUUUAUUUAAAAGUUGUGUUAGCACGUGAUUGUUUUUACAUGUAUAUGCUAUUAAUGAU